UUGAACCGCAAUGCAUUAAAGUAUAUUACUUGGAUAGUGACCAUCAGUUGUGUACUACUUUUCACAAUGCAUUGUGGGAUACAAUGACUGGACCAUACAGGGUACGAUUAUGCUCAAUCAGAAUUCGGUCAUUGCUGCAAAGUGGUGUGUCCCUUGUUCUUGGGUUUAACCAUGUAGUGGUUUAUUCCUGUAACUCAUACAUCAGCUGCCUGUACCUACUAUUUUUAAAUGUACUCUUACAAUGUGAUGUGCAUUGUGUGUGUCAUUGCCCAAGGAGACCACAUGAGGGAGGUAGCGUGCCAGCGCUCAUCUCUGUCAAUACUCAUUUGUUUGUUGUCUCCAGGUCUAAGUCUAUUUACCAUUAUAGUACACUAAAUAGUGAAUGAGUUCAGACAGCCUGAAUAUUUAUGUCUGUCCAAAUUAGGAGGAAACACUCUACCUCUGCAUCGGACUAACAUGAACCCUUUGCCGCGAUUGUUUGAAUUGAGGAACAGUUGCAUCUAAAAGGCUCUAGAUCACGUCCACGCAAUGCUUAUGCUCAUGCAUGAGCAACCAUAAUUACAUCGUCUGUUCAUCAGUAUGUUGUUCUCCACUCGUUUGUUGACAUUGUGAUUCUGUUGAACUACACGUAGCAUUGAUUUAAAGGCAAAUAUUCUCAUCAUAUAGCGGACACUGUGGCUCCGUCCGCUACUUCCUCGUCUUUUUUUAAAGUCAUGUCUUACCUCAGGACCAUGGCCCUUUAUGAACCUUUUAUUCCAUUUCUACUUAUAUUUGUUUAUAUUUUUUCCACACAGAACACAGUCUAUGAAGGAGUCUAUCAUGCUGAGCAUCCAAACAUCGUUACCUUCUGGGAGGUGUUUGAGAAACUGACAGCCGAGGAUAAGAAGAAAUUCCUUUUGUUUCUCACCGGCUUCGACCGCCUUCCCUUCCUGGGUAUGGAGAGCAUCAGGAUGAGAGUCGAUGUCCUUCCUGAUUCCAAUGAGACCCAUCGGCCAGAGUCGCACACCUGCUAUAGUUUGCUACGACUGCCCCUCUACCGGACGAACCCGAUCAAGGAGAGGAUGCAGACCAAGCUCCUGCAGGCUAUUCGUCACAAAGGGGGCUUCGGGAAAAAAGACACUGCGGAAUAAAGUUAUGAAGGCUUAUUUUAAAAGAUUGCACAUAUUUGACAGUUCUUGUUUUUAUUUCUUAAACCUGCCAAAUGAAACAUCUUUAUUUUAUACUAUUUAAAGAUACACUAAGUUAAAUUAAUACUCUAGAGAGGUUUGACAGUAUCAUGUUUUCUUUUGGUUCUUGUCUUGAUUUUUAAUCUCUUUCAAAACUUUCUGGUUUUACAUGUUAAAUUGUUGGAGAAUAAGAUGUACAUAAAGUCACUGCUUCAUCUCUG